AACUCGGCAAAGGUAGGGUGGAAGGGAAGGGAACCAGAAAGGAUGUGGUAGAUCUCCUGACCCGUUAGCUUAGAAGCCCCUUCCUCCCUGAGCGUGGGGGCGACUCGCACUCGGGUGGGAGGUGGAGCUCAAGUCCCCCCCCCCCCACCUCUCCUCUCUCCGUCCUUCCCACCGCCGGCCCUCUCCCAGUCUCUCACCCUUCCACCCGCUUCCACCAUGACCGUGAUGUCUGGGGAGAACGUGGACGAGGCGUCGGCUGCCCCGGGCCACCCCCAGGAUGGCAGCUACCCGCGGCCUGCCGACCACGACGACCACGAGUGCUGCGAACGCGUGGUGAUCAACAUCUCCGGGCUGCGCUUCGAGACACAGCUCAAGACCCUGGCACAGUUCCCGAACACGCUGCUGGGCAACCCUAAGAAACGCAUGCGCUACUUCGACCCGCUGAGGAACGAGUACUUCUUCGAUCGCAACCGGCCCAGCUUCGACGCCAUCCUCUACUACUACCAGUCGGGGGGCCGGCUGCGGAGGCCGGUCAACGUGCCCCUGGACAUGUUCUCCGAGGAGAUCAAAUUUUACGAGCUGGGCGAGGAGGCCAUGGAGAAGUUCAGGGAGGACGAGGGCUUCAUCAAGGAGGAGGAGCGCCCCCUGCCCGAGAAGGAGUACCAGCGGCAGGUGUGGCUGCUCUUCGAGUACCCUGAGAGCUCCGGGCCCGCCCGAGUCAUUGCCAUUGUUUCGGUCAUGGUCAUCCUCAUCUCCAUCGUCAUCUUUUGCCUGGAGACGCUACCGGAGCUGAAGGAUGACAAGGACUUCACAGGCACCAUUCACCGCAUUGACAACACCACGGUUAUCUACACUUCCAACAUCUUCACGGACCCCUUCUUCAUCGUGGAGACCCUGUGCAUCAUCUGGUUCUCCUUCGAGCUGGUGGUGCGCUUCUUUGCCUGCCCCAGCAAAACGGACUUCUUCAAAAACAUCAUGAACUUCAUCGACAUCGUGGCCAUCAUCCCCUAUUUCAUCACCCUGGGCACCGAGAUAGCUGAGCAGGAGGGGAAUCAGAAGGGCGAGCAGGCCACUUCGCUGGCCAUCCUCAGGGUCAUCCGGUUGGUAAGGGUUUUUAGAAUCUUCAAACUCUCCCGCCACUCUAAGGGCCUCCAGAUCUUGGGCCAGACCCUCAAAGCUAGUAUGAGAGAGCUAGGGCUGCUCAUCUUUUUCCUCUUUAUUGGGGUCAUUCUGUUUUCUAGUGCAGUGUACUUUGCCGAGGCGGAAGAAGCUGAGUCGCACUUCUCCAGUAUCCCCGAUGCUUUCUGGUGGGCGGUGGUGUCCAUGACCACUGUAGGAUACGGUGACAUGUACCCUGUGACAAUUGGAGGCAAGAUCGUGGGCUCCUUGUGUGCCAUCGCUGGUGUGCUGACAAUUGCCCUGCCCGUACCUGUCAUUGUGUCCAAUUUCAACUAUUUCUACCACCGAGAAACUGAGGGGGAAGAGCAGGCUCAGUUGCUCCACGUUAGCUCCCCUAAUUUAGCCUCUGACAGUGACCUCAGUCGGCCCGAGUUAAACAAAACUGUUCCAUUACCUGGGGUCACUGUGCAAACUCAUGCGGGGUAUAGGUAUGAGUUGUAGAGGUCUUGGGGUCAAAUGCCAGUCUCUGAGCUCAGGUAAAAUGAUCAUGGGCUUUCCUGGGAAGUCUAGUGAGUGUGUAAGGGGUGAAGCCCUGCUGACCUCAGGACUAUUAGCUUUAAAGAGAUUAACCCCUUGUCACCAUGAUUUUCAUUUAGGAGAUAACCAGGAGUUUAUGACACAAGACUUCAAAGAGUAGAGAAAACCUUUGUACCUUAUCAGAGAGGAAGAAGAAAUGGUAUAGGGAAAGAAAACAAAAGAAGCCACAAAAUCCUUUGCAAAAUAUCCCAGGUCCAAAGUUGUCUCUCCUCUAGACUUGCAGAAACACUUCUCCUCUUCAGUGCACUGUGUGAUGCCACAACGCCAAGUAGUCAGCAUGGGCUCUGGAUGCCAUGCCUCUAACAGUAAAGGUGAAGUUUUAUCAAGGUUAAAAAGCAAUGGAAUAGUAUUAAUUUCAAGUGCACCAUCAGGACAACAAACCAUUGAAGCCUGAAAGGCACUCGUGUAUUUCCUGAGUUUGCAGUUGCUUACCCCUUGAGUUGAGGAUGUGCCUCACAUUCAUUCACCCACUGUGCACUCCCCUGCCCUCACUGUCGACUAUGUCAGGUAGAGGACAUUGAAUGUUAUGA